ACUGAAUGGGGUUUUGAUGUGGAUGGGAAGUGAAUCAACCAAAAAACUCAAACUCAGAUAAGGGGACCCCCAUCUGUUUCCAAAAUGCCAUGGAAACACUGAGAGACAUCAGACGAGCCUAUCAGGAUGCAGGGGGGAGAAGCAGUACCAGAGGAGGCCUGUGUCUGCCCAGUCUGAAUGGAAACACCAGGAUCCAUUCAGAUGGUUCUGACCUGGUGAAUACCCGUAGCCUCUGCAUCCCUGCAACUCCUGCACACAGACAAAGAACUAGAAGUGUGGUGGCUACCUCUCCAUCCUCGUCCAGUGUUCAGUGUGGGAUUGAGCCCAGUCAACUAAGCAGAUCAGCCCCCACUAUCAUGGAACCACUGCUGGGUGCAAACGCCAUGAGCCAGGCCAGGGCUCACAUCCACAGCCGACUUGGUUCGAGUUCUACUACUGAGCAAAAGGGAUUCGUACCAGUGCUGCAUCCAAACCCCAGGACUCCAAAGAGCUUGGCCCCUCUGAAGGUCAGGCCCAGAGACAGUGGGGCUCCAGUGCUUAAACACCAUGUUCCCCUGAAACCCAUCAGCCAGAGGCCCCUCUGCUCAAGGGUCUGGCUAAGGAGAGGCAGGUCAUCCUGGGGCAGCCCACUCAUCAACUCUCCUUCUGGUAAGGGUGGAAGUGAGGAAAGUGGGUCCAGCAGUCACAGCAGCAGCCAGAGUUCCAUCAAUCUGGAGGAGGAAGAUGGUGGGGAUAUCCACAAGAAAGAUUCUGAUGACAGCCAUGUAAGGUUUGUGGGAGAAAGCCUGUUGGAUCAUCCAAAUCAUGUCGGAUACACUGACUGCAGGCUUCAGAAGGUGACAGAGCAUUUUAGUAUUGGACCAAGGAGGACCCCCAUACCACCAAUCCACAGAUCAGAUCAGAACAAUGAAGACAAACCUAUCACUCAAACAAUUAAUUUACUUAGCACUGAAAAAAGUCUAAAUUAUGAAGGGAAAGUCUUAUUAAUGAAUUUCAAUCAUCAAUCCCAGUUGAAAAUUACCUAUGCACAACAUGAAGACACCGUGGGUCACAUUCAGGACACUGUGAAUGAUGAUAUACCAAUCACAUCAAAAAACCUUGUGGUCUGCACUAUAGAACCUGAGACUCUGGACAGUAAUGGGGUGUGCUAUAUUAAUAUUGACCACAGUGAUGCUAUAGCAUCCUCUGGAGGGAAUUACAUUAAUGACCAACAGCAUGUAAAACAGGAAGCAAGAACGAUGCAGAAUUUUUUGAGUGGAGAAACCCAUCAACCUACUCCCACCCUCACUAAGGAAGUAAAAGUAAACUCUCCCGCAGUGACAAAAGCCUUGUUUUUUACCCCAGCUGUAAACCAAUCACUAUCAGUGGAUGUGGUACAAAAACCAAACAAGAGAAAAGUUAAAACCAUUAAAUCAUUAUGUAACAAUGAGAGAAGAAUGAGCAUGAACUGUGAACUAAGAGCAAAUAUCAAAAGUAAUCAGUCCUUAGUGCACAGAGACCAAAACCUCUUGAAUCAGAACAAAUCCAAAAGCAAUGUGAAGUACUCCUCAUAUUCCACUCAAGUCAAACCUGAUUUAAUAAUUGAUGGAGAUGUAGCGCUUACAAAAAUGAAAUCAAAGCUUAAAUCCGUGAUGAGUUCUCAUCGUAACACUGAUGUCCCAUCAGGCCAAAAAAAGGCUGUGGAGGUGCAUCAUCUGCAGAAAAGAAACAAUCUGGACAAGCUGAAUCGAGGCCAGCAGCAUUUACAAGUAAAGGAGAUGAAUACUUCACAGCAGCUAAAGAGACAUGGAGCAGCUGGGACACUCAGAUCCAAAUCUGCUGUGGACUUGAUCACUUAUAAAGACAUGUUUCAGCCAAUACAGAGUGGGGAUGAAGGACCGGCCAUUUACGAGAUGUUUGCUGGUCCGAUCUAUGAUAACCUGAGGGUUUCUAGUUCAUGUGAGAAAAGUAAAGGCAGACAAGUAGAGUCUGCGCCGUCCAAAAAGACACCACCAAACCACAAAGCCAAACACAGACCCGUGAAACAUGCACAGAGUAAGAGGAGAAGCCCAGGGGAGAGUACAAUGGUUUCUGCUAAAAGCAAACCAAGACCAUCAAAGGUAAAACCUGCUCUUAUCUCCGUGUCCAGGAGGGCCACGCAGAAACAGGAGGGACUGCAUAAAACUGGAGAGCAUAUGAAGACAGAGGUAGUUCCAGAGGAUGCUGAAGUUUAUCAUAAUACUGCAGUAGGCAAGGAUGAGGAUCGUAACUUAUCGACAAUAGAGGAGGUUCAUUCUAAGUUUGGGUCUGAAACACUCAGAACUGACCACACAUUGACCCAGGCCCAUGGUUUGAACCAGAUGCAGAUGAAUAUGCAGAUGGCAGCAGAUAUGACUCCACCAGAAACCAGAACUCAGACCGGCCUUCUCCCUAGACUCGAACUAUCUCAGAGCCCCCAACAAUCCAAGAUCAAUACUUGGACCUCUUCUUUUGGAAACACCAUGUCACCGGUUUACCAGAGAUUUUUGGAUGAAUAUGGGGAUGGGCCUCUUACAGAUGAUCUACUCCAGUGUUUGGCAGAGGAAUUGAUCUCAUUGGAUGAGAGGGAUGUAUCCCUCAGCCCAAGUUCAGGCAACACGGAACCAAAUAAAAAGGAGGCCAACUCUGCUUCAGGAAGAAGUACGUCUCAAAAGGGAUCUUCUGUAUGCAGUCCAGUUCUUCAUGGCUCUGGGUUCAGUGACACAAUAACAUGGACAAAGGGUGAAGUUCUUGGCAGAGGGGCCUAUGGGACGGUGUACUGUGGCCUGACCGGCCAGGGUCAGCUAAUCGCUGUCAAGCAGGUGAACCUCGACGCCUCUGAUCCUGACACUGCCAAGAGGGAAUACUGUCGCCUGCAAGGGGAAGUCGAGCUGCUUAAAGCCCUCUGUCAUGUCAACAUUGUGGGGUUUUUGGGGACGUCGCUUUAUCAGCAUGUGGUUUCUAUCUUCAUGGAGUAUGUUCCAGGAGGAUCCAUUGCCAGCAUCCUACACAGGUUUGGUCCUUUGCCUGAGCGAGUACUGGCCCUAUACACUCAUCAGAUCCUGCAAGGGGUGGCCUACCUUCACCUGAACAGGGUGAUUCACCGAGACUUAAAGGGCAACAAUGUCAUGCUGAUGCCCACUGGUGUCAUCAAACUUAUAGACUUUGGCUGUGCACGCCGUCUCAACUGCUUACACCAAACUGCCAGCAACAGUGGAGACCUGCUCAAGUCUGUUCAUGGCACACCUUACUGGAUGGCACCAGAAGUUAUCAAUGAGACAGGCUAUGGCAGGAAGUCAGAUAUAUGGAGUGUGGGUUGUACCGUCUUUGAGAUGGCCACAGGGAAACCACCACUAGCGCACAUGGACAAGAUGGCUGCCCUGUUCUACAUCGGGGCUCAGAGGGGUUUGAUGCCCACUUUACCAGACACUUUCUCAGAAAAUGCUAAAGACUUUGUGAAAAUAUGCUUGACGAGUGACCAGGCACAUCGGCCAUCUGCAGAUCAGCUGCUCAAACACUCAUUUAUUCCCAGAAAUGAAGCUGAAGGACAUGCUGAAGCAACAAAGAGCAAACCCUGCUGUGGCCACGAACAGGGACUGUGUGGAUGACAAGAACUUAGACUUAAAAGAAGAAAGAUUGUAGACUGAUGAACCAUUUAAGCGUUCUUUUCUGAUGCUGAGAGAGGCUGGAGCCAUUAGUUGAUACAGAGUUGGAGGUGUUGGGGUUUAUGUCAUAGACCCUUCUGGAAGUUACAUUCUGAAGUAAAAAGAGUAAGGGUCAGUCCAUCUCAGUUCACCCAAUGAGUAAAACCCCACCUCCUCCAACUUUGAUGAAAUUUGGUGUAUGAGUCAUUAAUAGCCAAAAAAGCCAAACUUUACAAUUUUAACUUUAUCGGACCAACGGUUUUCAAGAUAUUCAAGAAUAUAAACUGGAUGUAACAAGAAGCACUUUUGUCCAGUGUAUUUCAUUUGCUCCAGUAGUAGAACUAAUUGAUAGAACAGAGGCCCUAUGGAGCUCAUUUCCUUCCAGCGACUCAUAAAUCACGUAACAAUAAACUCUGCAGAGAUAAAAAAUAAAACAUUGCCUGACU